GCAAAAUUCAUCCCGACGAUCACCCAUAAUGUCAUACCAAGUUGCAUACGCGACAGAACAAGAUGCCGUCGGGCUGGGCUGCAUCAACAAUGAUAGCUUCCAAACUCGAUUGAUGCUAUCAGCCAUGUUCCCAGAAACAGAUGAGCCAACUCUACGCACAUACAAGUCCUAUCAAGCCAUGAAGCAUUUAGCCAAUCCAGAAGCACACGUGGUGAAGAUCACAGACCCCACGAGCGGAGCCGUAGUUGGGUAUGGGCGCUGGCUGAUUCCCGCCGUACUCGGCGUACCCCCGAACGUGCCCGAACUAAGCGAGCAGGCUCAAAUCUACGCCAAGGAUCCGGUAGCAUUUGCACCGCAGCCCAUGAAUGCAAGUGUGUAUGCGGCUUUUCGGGCCCUGUUGGAUGCGGGGCGGAAGCGGUACACUACGGACCGGGAUAUGACGCUUGACUUGCUAGCUACAUUGCCCAGUCAUCAGGGAAAGGGCAUUGGGACUGCUAUGCUACGGUGGGGCAUUGAGCUGGCGGAUUCUUUGCAGACUCGGAUCUACUUAGAGGCCACUGCGGAAGGUUAUCCGCUAUACAUCAAGUAUGGGUGGAAGCACUUGGAGGAGAUCGAGCUGGAUCUUGAAAAGUUAGGGUGUCAUGGGAAGGAGUCCUUCUUUCUAAUGAUGCGAGACCCUGUUCCGCAAUAGACCUGCGUGUUGUCAUGAGAUAUGUAUAGAC